UGUUUCACCCUCCAGCCAAAAUGAUCCACAGUCUGUUCCUCGUGAACUCCUCGGGGGACAUUUUCCUGGAGAAGCACUGGAAGAGCGUUGUGAGCCGCUCCGUGUGCGACUACUUUUUCGAGGCGCAAGAGCGUGCUAGCGAGCCGGAGAACGUGCCCCCUGUCAUCCCGACCCCCCACCACUACCUAAUCAGUGUGCUCAGGCACAGCAUUUACUUUGUGGCAGUGAUCCAGAGCGAAGUGCCACCACUCUUUGUCAUUGAGUUCUUACACAGGGUGGUUGAUACAUUCCAGGUUUGUACUUGGACUUGGUAUAGUUACUUUUCAUCCAUUUGCUUUCACAUGUUCAGGCAGUUCAUCACCACCAACUAGGUCUACCUUGCAAUGUAAAAAUCUGUUUCUUUGAGUUACUGAUUGUCUUAUUGUUAAGUUACCAAGUGUUGUAACUUUUUAAAUGAUGUAAGUCAUUUAUCUUCUCACUCUCCAUUCCCUCUACUGAUCCCUCCUUCCCUUGCCUCUAACUCCCUUCCUCCCUGUUGUCAGGACUACUUUGGGGUGUGCACGGAGGCAGCGAUCAAGGACAAUGUGGUGGUAGUAUACGAGCUGCUAGAGGAGAUGCUGGACAAUGGUUUUCCCCUGGCCACAGAGUCCAACAUCCUCAAAGAGCUCAUCAAGCCGCCCACCAUCCUGCGCACAGUGGUCAACACCAUCACAGGUACCUGAACAUUACGAAGUCUGCCUCACUAUGUCAUCACUUUUUCCUGACCAUAACAACCUCAACACCCUAGUACUACACCAGGCAACUUGACCAGAAGAAACUCAGGCCCCUAGUCAUGACAUAUAAAUGUUCAUCAAUAGUUAUAUUUAUUUACAGAUUAUUGGCAGCGGGCAUUGGCUAUGAUAUGUUUUUAAACUUUGCAUUUAGACACCUGUCACUGUACACAACUAUCUGAAUGUAUACAUCCUGUUUGUCUUUCAUUAUGUUUGACUGUUCUGUUUGUAGGCAGCACCAAUGUAGGGGAGCAGCUCCCUACUGGACAGUUGUCCGUGGUGCCAUGGCGACGCACUGGAGUGAAGUACACCAACAACGAGGCCUACUUUGAUGUAGUGGAGGAGAUUGAUGCCAUCAUCGAUAAAUCAGGUAUAGUAUGCAUACUGCCCCAUCAUGGUCUCCAUUAAAAUCUGUCCUGACUCAUUAAAAACAACAGAAUCACAGAACUUGACAUUCUGAUUGACUCGUUCUCUUUCUCCAUCUCUCUCUAUUUCUCUCAUACACUGUUAGGCUCCACUAUCACAGCAGAGAUCCAAGGGGUGAUUGACGCCUGUGUGAAACUGACAGGCAUGCCUGACCUCACUCUCUCGUUCAUGGUGAGUCCUCUCUUUCUCUCUCUCUCUAGCCCAGGGGUGGGCAAUCAAUUUGGCUCGAGGGCCACAUUGGGAUUUCAAAUUUCAGCGGAGUGACGCAAAUAUUUUUUGGGGGGGCAAUUUGUUUUGGCAAAAGCAUUACGGCCCAGAAAAAUUGCAGUUAUUUUAAAAUAUAGGUCCAUUAUAAUUUUUGCAUACUUUCUAUCUGUACUGAACAAAAAUAUAAACGCAACAUGUAAAGUGUUGAUCCCAUGUUUCAUGAGCUGAAAGAAAAUAUCCCCGAAAAUGUCCAUACUCACAAAAAGCUUAUUUCUCUCAAAUGUGAACAAAUUUGUUUAUAACCCUGUUAGUGAUAAUUUUUAUUUUGCCAAGAUAAUCCAUCCACCUGACAGGUGUGACAUAUCAAGAAGUUGAUUAAACAGCAUGAUCAUUACACAGGUGACCUUGUGCUGGGGACAAUAAAAUGUGCACUUUUGUCACACAACACAAUGCCACAGAUGUCUCAAGUUUUGAGGGAGCGUGCAAUUGGCAUGCUGACUGCAGGAAUGACCACCAGAGCUGUUCCCAGAGAAUUUAAUGUUCAUUUCUCUACCAUAAGCUGCCUCCAACGUCGUUUUAAAGAAUUUGUUAGUACGUCCAACCGGCCUCACAACCGCAGACCACGUACAACCACGCCAGCCCAGGACCUCCACAUCCGGCUUCUUCACCUGUGGGAUUGUCUGAGACUAGCCACCCAGGCAGCUGAUGAAACUGAGGAGUAUUUCUGUCCGUAAGAAAGCCCUUUUGUGGGGAAACGCUCAUUCUGAUUGGCUGGGCCUGGCUCCGAAGUGGGUGGUAAAUAAUGUAUUGUGUCAUUUUGUAAUCACUUUUAUUGUAAAAUAAGAAUAGAAUAUCUUUCUGAACACUUCUACAUUAAUAUGGAUGCUACCAUGAUUACGGAUAAUUAUGAAUGAAUAAUGAUGAGUGGGAAUUACAGAUGCACAAAUAUACUACAUGACAAAAUGCUUGUCGAACAUCUCAUUCCAAAAUCAUGGGCAUUAAUAUAGAGUUGGUCCCCCCUUUGCUGCUAUAACAGCCUCUACUCUUCUGGGAAAGCUUUCCAGUAGAUGUUGGAAUAUUGCUGCGGGGACAUGCUUCCAUUCAGCCACGAGCAUUAGUGAGGUCGGGCACUGAUGUUGGGCGAUUAGGCCUGGCUCGCAGUCGGCAUAUCAAUUAAUCCCAAAGGUGUUCGAUGGGGUUGAGGUCAGGGCUCUGUGCAGGCCAGUCAAAUUCUUCCACACCGAUCUCGAACAAACCAUUUCUGUAUGGACCUCGCUUUGUGCACGGGGGCAAGUCAUGCUGAAACAGGAAAGGGCCUUCCCCAAACUGUUGCCACAAAGUUGGAAGCACAGAAUCGUCUAGAAUGCCAUUGUAUGCUGUAGCAUAAAGAUUUCCCUUCACUGGAACUAAGGGGCCUAGCCCGAACCAUGAAAAAUAGCACCAGACCAUUAUUCCUCUUCCACUGAACUUUACAUUUGGCACUAUGCAUUAGGGCAGGUAGUGUUCUUCUAACUUCCGCCAAACCCAGAAUCGUCUGUCGGACUGCCAGAUGGUGAAGUGUGAUUCAUCACUCCAGAGAACGCGUUUCCACUCUCCAGAGUCCAAUGGAGGCAAGCUUUACACCACUCCAGCUGAUGCUUGGCAUUGCGCAUGGUGAUAUUCAGCUUGUGUGAGGCUGCUCGGCCAUGGAAACUCAUUUCAUUAAGCUUCCGACGAACAGUUCUUGUGCUGGCGUUGCUUCCAGAGGCAGUUUGGAACUCGGUAGUGAGUAUUGCAACCAAGGAUAGACAAUUUUUACGCGCUUCAGCACUCAGCGGUCCUGUUCUGUGAGUUUGUGUGGCCUACUACUUUGCAGCUGAGCCGUUGUUGCUCCUAGACGUUUCCACUUCACAAUAACAGCACACACAGUUGACUGGGGCAGCUCUAGCGGGGCAGUAAUUUUAAGAACUGACUUGUUGGAAAGGUGGCAUCAUAUGACGGUGCCACGUUGAAAGUCACUGAGCUCUUCAGUAAGGCCAUUACAUUUACAUUUUACAUUUUAGUCAUUUAGCAGACGCUCUUAUCCAGAGCGACUUACAGUUAGUGAAUACAUAUUUUUUUAUACUGGCCCCCCGUGGGAAUCGAACCCACAACCCUGGCAUUGCAAACGCCAUGCUCUAUCAACUGAGCUACAUCCCCACCGGCCAUUCCCUCCCCUACCCUGGACGACGCUGGGCCAAUUGUGCGCCGCCCAUGAGUCUCCCGGUCGCGGCCGGCUGCGACAGAGCCUGGAUUCGAACCAGGAUCUCUAGUGGCACAGUUAGCACUGCGAUGCAGUGCCUUAGACCACUGCGCCACUCAGGAGUAUUCUACUGCUAAUGUUUGUCUAUGGAGAUUGCACAGCGGUGUGCUCGAUUUUAUACACCGGUCAGCAACAGGUGUGGUUGAAAUAGCCUAAUUCAUUCAUUUGAAGGGGUGUCCACAUACUUUUGUGUAUAUAUAGUGUAUCAUGCCCCAAAAACAUGCAAACCUCCUACCAUUACCCAUAACAGUGGAGGUUAGAGUUAUUUUUUUGGGGGGUGUGAUAUUUAUGCCUCUAACUUUCUCACUCAUCGUUAUUCUGGAUUUGUUCACACACACAUGCAUGCAUGCAUACAUACAUACAGUGGGGAAAAAAAGUAUUUAGUCAGCCACCAAUUGUGCAAGUUCUCCCACUUAAAAAGAUGAGAGAGGCCUGUAAUUUUCUUCAUAGGUACACAUCAACUAUGACAGACAAAUUGAGAAAAAAAAAUCCAGAAAAUCACAUUGUAGGAUUUUUAAUGAAUUUAUUUCCAAAUGAUGGUGGAAAAUAAGUAUUUGGUCAAUAACAAAAGUUUCUCAAUACUUUGUUAUAUACCCUUUGUUGGCAAUGACACAGGUCAAACGUUUUCUGUAAGUCUUCACAAGGUUUUCACACACUGUUGCUGGUAUUUUGGCCCAUUCCUCCAUGCAUAUCUCCUCUAGAGCAGUGAUGUUUUGGGGCUAUCGCUGGGCAACACAGACUUUCAACUCCCUCCAAAGAUUUUCUAUGGGGUUGAGAUGUGGAGAAUGGCUAGGCCACUCCAGGACCUUGAAAUGCUUCUUACGAAGCCACUCCUUCGUUGCCCGGGCGGUGUGUUUGGGAUCAUUGUCAUGCUGAAAGACCCAGCCACGUUUCAUCUUCAAUGCCCUUGCUGAUGGAAGGAGGUUUUCACUCAAAAUCUCACGAUACAUGGCCCCAUUCAUUCUUUCCUUUACACGGAUCAGUCGUCCUGGUCCCUUUGCAGAAAAACAGCCCCAAAGCAUGAUGUUUCCACCCCCAUGCUUCACAGUAGGUGUGGUGUUCUUUGGAUGCAACUCAGCAUUCUUUGUCCUCCAAACACGACGAGUUGAGUUUUUACCAAAAAGUUCUAUUUUGGUUUCAUCUGACCAUAUGACAUUCUCCCAAUCCUCUUCUGGAUCAUCCAAAUGCACUCUAGCAAACUUCAGACGGGCCUGGACAUGUACUAGCUUAAGCAGGGGGACACGUCUUGCACUGCAGGAUUUGAGUCCCUGGUGGCGUGGUGUGUUACUGAUGGUAGGCUUUGUUACUUUGGUCCCAGCUCUCUGCAGGUCAUUCACUAGGUCCCCCCGUGUGGUUCUGGGAUUUUUGCUCACCGUUCUUGUGAUCAUUUUGACCCCACGGGAUGAGAUCUUGCGUGGAGCCCUAGAUCGAGGGAGAUUAUCAGUGGUCUUGUAUGUCUUCCAUUUCCUAAUAAUUGCUCCCACAGUUGAUUUCUUCAAACCAAGCUGCUUACCUAUUGCAGAUUCAGUCUUCCCAGCCUGGUGCAGGUCUACAAUUUUGUUUCUGGUGUCCUUUGACAGCUCUUUGGUCUUGGCCAUAGUGGAGUUUGGAGUGUGACUGUUUGAGGUUGUGGACAGGUGUCUUUUAUACUGAUAACAAGUUCAAACAGGUGCCAUUAAUACAGGUAACGAGUGGAGGACAGAGGAGCCUCUUAAAGAAGAAGUUACAGGUCUGUGAGAGCCAGAAAUCUUGCUUGUUUGUAGGUGACCAAAUACUUAUUUUCCACCAUAAUUUGCAAAUAAAUUCAUUAAAAAUCCUACAAUGUGAUUUUCUGGAUUUUUUUUCUCAAUUUGUCUGUCAUAGUUGACGUGUACCUAUGAUGAAAAUUACAGGCCUCUCUCAUCUUUUUAAGUGGGAGAACUUGCACAAUUGGUGGCUGACCGAAUACUUUUUUUCCCCACUGUAUACACUGCUCAAAAAAAUAAAGGGAACACUUAAACAACACAAUGUAACUCCAAGUUAAUCACACUUCUGUGAAAUCAAACUGUCCACUUAGGAAGCAACACUGAUUGACAAUACAUGUCACAUGCUGUUGUGCAAAUGGAAUAGACAACAGGUGGAAAUGAUAGGCAAUUAGCAAGACACCCCCAAUAAAGAAGUGGUUAUUCAGGUGGUGACCACAGACCACUUCUCAGUUCCUAUGCUUCCUGGUUGAUGUUUUGGUCACUUUUGAAUGCUGGCGGUGCUUUCACUCUAGUGGUAGCAUGAGACGGAGUCUACAACCCACACAAGUGGCUCAGGUAGUGCAGCUCAUCCAGGAUGGCACAUCAAUGCGAGCUGUGGCAAGAAGGUAUGCUGUGUCUGUCAGCAUAGUGUCCAGAGCAUGGAGGCGCUACCAGGAGACAGGCCAGUACAUCAGGAGACGUGGAGGAGGCCAUAGGAGGGCAACAACCCAGCAGCAGGACCGCUACCUCCGCCUUUGUGCAAGGAGGAGCAGGAGGAGCACUGCCAGAGCCCUGCAAAAUGACCUCCAGCAGGCCACAAAUGUGCAUGUGUCUGCUCAAACGGUCAGAAACAGACUCCAUGAGGGUGGUAUGAGGGCCCGACGUCCACAGGUGGGGGUUGUGCUUACAGCCCAACACCGUGCAGGACGUUUGGCAUUUGCCAGAGAACACCAAGAUUGGCAAAUUCGCCACUGGCGCCCUGUGCUCUUCACAGAUGAAAGCAGGUUCACACUGAGCACGUGACAGACGUGACAGAGUCUGGAGACGCCGUGGAGAACGUUCUGCUGCCUGCAACAUCCUCCAGCAUGACCGGUUUGGCGGUGGGUCAGUCAUGGUGUGGGGUGGCAUUUCUUUGGGGGGCCGCACAGCCCUCCAUGUGCUCGCCAGAGGUAGCCUAACUGCCAUUAGGUACCGAGAUGAGAUCCUCAGACCCCUUGUGAGACCAUAUGCUGGUGCGGUUGGCCCUGGGUUCCUCCUAAUGCAAGACAAUUCUAGAACUCAUGUGGCUGGAGUGUGUCAGCAGUUCCUGCAAGAGGAAGGCAUUGAUGCUAUGGACUGUCUCGCCCAUUCCCCAGACCUGAAUCCAAUUGAGCACAUCUGGGACAUCAUGUCUCGCUCUAUCCACCAACGCCACGUUGCUACACAGACUGUCCAGGAGUUGGCGGAUGCUUUAGUCCAGGUCUGGGAAGAGAUCCCUAAGGAGACCAUCCGCCACCUCAUCAGGAGCAUGCCCAGGCGUUGUAGGGAGGUCAUACAGGCACGUGGAGGCCACACACACUACUGAGCAUCAUUUUGACUUGUUUUAAGGACAUUACAUCAAAGUUGGAUCAGCUUGUAGUGUGGUUUUCCACUUUAAUUUUGAGGGUGACUCCAAAUCCAGACCUCCAUGGGUUGAUACAUUUGAUUUCCAUUGAUAAUUUGUCUGUGAUUGUGUUGUCAGCACAUUCAACUAUGUAAAGAAAAAAGUAUUUAAUAAGAUUAUUUCAUUCAUUCCGAUCUAGGAUGUGUUGUUUAAGUGUUCCCUUUAUUUUUUUGAGCAGUGUAUAUAUACAGUGGGGAAAAAAAGUAUUUAGUCAGCCACCAAUUGUGCAAGUUCUCCCACUUAAAAAGAUGAGAGAGGCCUGUAAUUUUCAUCAUAGGUACACGUCAACUAUGACAGACAAAUUGAGGAAAAGAAAAUCAGAAAAUCACAUUUGUAGGAUUUUUAAUGAAUUUAUUUGCAAAUUAUGGUGGAAAAUAAGUAUUUGGUCACCUACAAACAAGCAAGAUUUCUGGCUCUCACAGACCUGUAACUUCUUCUUUAAGAGGCUCCUCUGUCCUCCACUCAUUACCUGUAUUAAUGGCACCUGUUUGAACUUGUUAUCAGUAUGAAAGACACCUGUCCACAACCUCAAACAGUCACACUCCAAACUGCACUAUGGCCAAGACCAAAGACCUGUCAAAGGACACCAGAAACAAAAUUGUAGACCUGCACCAGGCUGGGAAGACUGAAUCUGCAAUAGGUAAGCAGCUUGGUUUGAAGAAAUCAACUGUGGGAGCAAUUAUUAGGAAAUGGAAGACAUACAAGACCACUGAUAAUCUCCCUCAAUCUGGGGCUCCACGCAAGAUCUCACCCUGUGGGGUCAAAAUGAUCACAAGAACGGUGAGCAAAAAUCCCAGAACCACACGGGGGGACCUAGUGAAUGACCUGCAGAGAGCUGGGACCAAAGUAACAAAGCCUACCAUCAGUAACGCACUACGCCGCCAGGGACUCAAAUCCUGCAGUGCCAGACGUGUCCCCCUGCUUAAGCCAGUACAUGUCCAGGCCCGUCUGAAGUUUGCUAGAGUGCAUUUGGAUGAUCCAGAAGAGGAUUGGGAGAAUGUCAUAUGGUCAGAUGAAACCAAAAUAGAACUUUUUGGUAAAAACUCAACUCGCCGUGUUUGGAGGACAAAGAAUGCUGAGUUGCAUCCAAAGAACACCAUACCUACUGUGAAGCAUGGGGGUGGAAACAUCAUGCUUUGGGGCUGUUUUUCUGCAAAGGGACCAGGACGACUGAUCCGUGUAAAGGAAAGAAUGAAUGGGGCCAUGUAUCGUGAGAUUUUGAGUGAAAACCUCCUUCCAUCAGCAAGGGCAUUGAAGAUGAAAUGUGGCUGGGUCUUUCUGCAUGACAAUGAUCCCAAACACACCGCCCGGGCAAUGAAGGAGUGGCUUCGUAAGAAGCAUUUCAAGGUCCUGUAGUGGCCUAGCCAGUCUCCAGAUCUCAACCCCAUAGAAAAUCUUUGGAGGGAGUUGAAAGUCCGUGUUGCCCAGCGACAGCCCCAAAACAUCACUGCUCUAGAGGAGAUCUGCAUGGAGGAAUGGGCCAAAAUACCAGCAACAGUGUGUGAAAACCUUGUGAAGACUUACAGAAAACGUUUGACCUGUGUCAUUGCCAACAAAGGGUAUAUAACAAAGUAUUGAGAAACUUUUGUUAUUGACCAAAUACUUAUUUUCCACCAUAAUGUGCAAAUAAAUUCAUAAAAAAUCCUACAAUGUGAUUUUCUGGAUUUUUUUUCCUCAUUUUGUCUGUCAUAGUUGACGUGUACCUAUGAUGAAAAUUACAGGCCUCUCUCAUCUUUUUAAGUGGGAGAACUUGCACAAUUGGUGGCUGACUAAAUACUUUUUUUCCCCACUGUGUGUAUAUAUAUAUAUAUAUAUAUAUAUAUAUAUAUAUAUAUAUAUAUAUAUAUAUAUAUAUAUAUUUUUAUCUCCACUCUGUCCCCUGCAAAAAUAACCGAUCACUCUCUGCCUCUCCUGUAUGAAAUACUCAUAUUUUUCAUAUUUUUGAUCUUUUAUAUAACUGUAGAUUUCCUGUCCGUUUCUUUUUCUUCCUCUUUCUCUGUCUUGAUAACAGUUUUUAAACUGUGUUGUAUUGAAUAACUGUGUCAAAAUGGUCCUGUCUGUUUCUCUGUCACUCCCACUCUCUUUCUCUCUGUCUUGAUACCCCUGUUUGAUCCUGUCACCAGAACCCUCGUCUGCUGGAUGAUGUGAGCUUCCACCCGUGUGUGAGGUUCAAGCGCUGGGAAGCGGAGAGGAUCCUCUCCUUCAUUCCCCCAGACGGAAACUUCCGGCUGCUCUCCUACCACGUCAGCUCCCAGAAGUCAGUAGCUCUGUUCUCUUCUAGUCUUCUGCUCUGCUUUCUCAGGCUUUACAGUAUUAUACCACAUACAGUGCCUUGGAAAAAGUAUUUGCCCUGUUUAUGAUUUUCUCUAUUUUUGCAUAUUUUUUUAUACUGACUUCAACCAAAACCUAAUAUUAGAUAAAGGGAACCUGAUUUUACAAAUAACAAAAAAAAUGUUACUUAUUUAAUUUAGUUAAUUAACAAAGUUAUGCAACACCCAAUUCCUCUGUGUGAAAAAGUAAUUGCACCCUUACACUCAAUAACUGGUUGUACCACCUUUAGCUGCAAUGACUGCAACCAAAUGCUUCCUGUAGUAGUUGAUCAGUCUCUCACAUCACUGUGGAGGAAUUUUGGCCCACUCUUGCAUGCAGACCUGCUUUAACUCAGCGACAUUUGUGGGUUUUCAAGCAUGAACUGCUUGUUUCAAGUCCUGCCACAACAUCUCAAUUGGGAUUAGGUCUGGACUUUGACUAGGCCAGUCCAAAACUUCAAAUUUGUUGCUUUUUAACCAUUUCCAUGUAGACUUGAUUGUGUGUUUUGGAUCAUUGUCUUGCUGCAUGACCCAGCUGUGCGUCAGCUUCAGCUCACAGAUGGAUGGCCUGACAUUGUUCUGUAGAAUUCUCUGAUACAGCGCACUCACUACCAAGAUCCAAACUGCCUCUGGAAGCAAUUUAAGCACAAAAACUGUUCAUCAGGAGCUUCAUGAAAUGGAUUUCCAUGGCCGAGCAGCCGCACACAAGUCUAAGAACACUGUGCGCAAUGCCAAGCAUCAGCUGGAGUGGUGUAAAGCUCGCCGCCAUUGGAGCAGUGGAAACACGUUCUCUGGAGUGAUGAAUCACGCUUCACCAUCUGGCAGUCCGAUGGACGAUUCUGGGUGGAUGCCAGGAGAACGCUACCUGCCCGAAUGCAUAGUGCCUCCUGUAAAGUUUGGUGGAGGAGGAAUAAUGGUCUGGGGCUGUUUUUCAUGGUUCAGGCUAGGCCCCUUAGUUCCAAUUAAGGGAAAUCUUAACGCUACAGCAUACAAUGACAUUCUAGACAAUUCUGUGCUUCCAACUUUGUGGCAACCGUUUUUGGGAAGGCCCUUUCCUGUUUCAGCAUGACAAUGCCCCCGUGCACAAAGCGAGGUCCAUAUAGAAAUGGUUUGUUGAGAUCGGUGUGGAAGAACUUGACUGGCCUGCACAGAACCCUGACCUAAACCCCAUCGAACACCUUUGGGAUGAAUUGGAAUGCCGACUGUGAGCCAGGCCUAAUCACCCAACAUAAGUGCCCGACCUCACUAAUGCUGUUGUGGCUGAAUGGAAGCAAGUCCCCGCAGCAAUGUUCCAACAUCUAGUGGAAAGCCUUCCCAGUAGAGUGGAGGCUGUUAUAGCAGCAAAGGGGGGACCAACUCCAUAUUGAUGCUCAUGAUUUUGGAAUGAGAUGUUUCACGAGCAAGUGUCCACAUACUUUUGGCCAUGUAGUGUACAUUUUUGCCUGUCUGCCCUAAAAUGCAAAGUUUAAAAACAUAUCAUAGCCAAUGCCCGCUGCCAAUAAUCUGUAAAUAAAUAUAACUAUUGAUGAACACAUACAGUAUGUCAUGACUAGGGGCCUGAGUUUUUCUUACAGGUAAAAGUCAGUAAAUUAGAAUAUUUUGAAAAACUUGAUUUAUUUCAGUAAUUGCAUUCAAAAGGUGUAACUUGUACAUUAUAUUUAUUCAUUGCACACAGACUGAUGCAUUCAAAUGUUUAUUUCAUUUAAUUUUGAUGAUUUGAAGUGGCAACAAAUGAAAAUCCAAAAUUCCGUGUGUCACAAAAUUAGAAUAUUACUUAAGGCUAAUACAAAAAAGGGAUUUUUUAGAAAUGUUGGCCAACUGAAAAGUAUGAAAAUGAAAAAUAUGAGCAUGUACAAUACUCAAUACUUGGUUGGAGCUCCUUUUGCCUCAAUUACUGCAUUAAUGCGGCGUGGCAUGGAGUCGAUGAGUUUCUGGCACUGCUCAGGUGUUAUGAGAGCCCAGGUUGCUCUGAUAGUGGCCUUCAACUCUUCUGCGUUGUUGGGUCUGGCAUUCUGCAUCUUCCUUUUCACAAUACCCCACAGAUUUUCUAUGGGGCUAAGGUCAGGGGAGUUGGCUGGCCAAUUUAGAACAGAAAUACCAUGGUCCGUAAACCAGGCACGGGUAGAUUUUGCGCUGUGUGCAGGCGCCAAGUCCUGUUGGAACCUGAAAUCUCCAUCUCCAUAGAGCAGGUCAGCAGCAGGAAGCAUGAAGUGCUCUAAAACUUGCUGGUAGACGGCUGCGUUGACCCUUGAUCUCAGGAAACAGAGUGGACCGACACCAGCAGAUGACAUGGCACCCCAAACCAUCACUGAUGGUGGAAACUUUACACUAGACUUCAGGCAACGUGGAUCCUGUGCCUCUCCUGUCUUCCUCCAGACUCUGGGACCUCGAUUUCCAAAGGAAAUGCAAAAUUUGCUUUCGUCAGAAAACAUGACUUUAGACCACUCAGCAGCAGUCCAGCUCUUUUUUUCCUUAGCCCAGGUGAGACGCUUUUCGCGCUGUUUCUUGGUCAACAGUGGCUUGACACGAGGUAUGCGGCAGUUGAAACCCAUGUCUUUCAAGCGUCUCUUGGUGGUGGAUCUUGAAGCCCUGACUCCAGCAGCUGUCCACUCCUUGUGAAUCUCCCCCACAUUUUUGAAUGGGUUUUUUUUCACAAUCUUGACUAGGGCGCGGUGAUCCCUAUCGCUUGUACACUUUUUCUGACCACAGUUUUUCCUUCCCUUUGCCUCUCUAUUAAUGUGUUUGGACACAGAGCUCUGAGAACAGCCAGCCUCUUCUGCAAUAACCUUUUGUGUCUUUCCCUCCUUGUGCAAUGUGUCGAUGGUCGCCUUUUGGACAGCUGUCAAAUCUGAAGUCUUCCCCAUGUUUGUGUAGGCUUCAGAACUGGACUGAGAGACCAUUUAAAGCCCUUUGCAGGUGUUUUGAGUUAAUCAGCUGAUUAUUUUGUGGCACCAGGUGUCUUCAAAAUGUAACCCUUACACAAUAUUCUAAUUUUGUGACACACGGAAUUUUGGAUUUUCAUUUGUUGCCACUUCAAAUCAUCAAAAUUAAAUGAAAUAAACAUUUGAAUGCAUCAGUCUGUGUGCAAUGAAUAAAUAUAAUGUACAAGUUACACCUUUUGAAUGCAAUUACUGAAAUAAAUCAAGUUUUUCAAAAUAUUCUAAUUUACUGACUUUUACCUGUAGUCAAGUUACAGUACUGUGAAAAAGUAUUUGCCCCCUUUUCUAAUUUUCUCUACUUUUGCAUAUGUUUUAUACUGAAUGUUAUCAGAUCUUCAACCAAAACCUAAUAUUAGAUAAUGGGAACCUGAGUGAACAGUUCUUGUGCUGACGUUGCUUCCAGAGGCAGUUUGGAUCUCGGUAGUGAGUGUUGCAGCCGAGGACAGAUGAUUUUUACGCGCUUCAGUACUCGGCGGUCCCAUUCUGUGAGCUUGUGUGGCCUACCACUUCGCGGCUGAGUCAUUGUUGCUCUUAGACGUUUCCACUUCACAACACUUACAGUUGACCAGAACAGCUCUAGCAGUGCAGAAAUUUGACAAACUGACUUGUUGGAAAGUUGGCGUCCUAUGACGGUGCCACGGUGAAAGUCACUGAGCUCUUCAGUACGGGCCAUUCUACUGCCAAUGUUUGUCAAUGGAGAUUGCAUGGCUGUGGGCUCGAUUUUAUACACCUGUCAGCAACGGGUGUGGCUGAAAUAGCCGAUUCCACUAAUUUGGAGGGGUGUCCACAAUUUUGGCAUAACAUGCACACACCUCUGCUUGCUUCCCAGUUUUUUAAUGUUUACUUUUUCUUGUUAUUGUCUUAAUUUUAGUCUCCACCCAUUAAGGUCAACAAGGUAUUUCAAAGUAAAUUGACAUUGUAGUUGUGGCUCAAACCUAAACUAGUUUUAAAAUGUUAGCUAGAUGAAGACCUGUGUUUGGUUGGAUGUUACAUGAAUGAUUGAAUGGAUGUUUUUAUUAUCAAAACAUCCAUUUGACAAAGCCUUAAGAUGUAAGUAGUAUAGUGUCAGGAACAUAGUGCAGUACCGUACGUGUUUAUAGAUUGGAUUAUUAUCCCUUCUGGUUUUGCUUUGGAAAACCCAGGAACAAUAUUUGGCACCAACGCCAGUAUGGCCCUGACAUUUACAUUAUAUAUCCACAUUUUUAGUUAGAAGUUUAAAAUGUUGAAAGUUGUAAUAACAAUGUAACAAACUGACAUCUGAGCAGAAAAUGAUUCACUUGUUUUAUUCAGUACUAGUCACUCGCACACUUUGUGUUCAGUGUGCUCUGUGAUGUUUUUCUCUCGGUGUCUGUCCUAGCUGUUAUUCUGUGUCUGCCCCUCAGUCUGGUGGCCAUCCCAGUGUACGUCAAGCACAACAUCACAUUCAGGGAGGGUAGUUCUCAGGGCCGCUUUGAGCUUACCCUGGGCCCCAAGCAGACCAUGGGGAAGGGAGUAGAGGCCGUUCUGGUCAGCAGCCAGCUGCCCCGCGGAGUCCUCAACACCAACCUCAACCCUACCCAGGGGACAUACACCUUCGACCCUGUCACUAAGGUAAGGUGGUGGGAAAGGGAGUGUGUGUGCAGAGAUGGACUUAACCGACCAGUUUGUGGUGUAUGCUGUGAACUGAAGGGUAUGUAAUCAUACAUUCCGUGGGAUGGUUGAUUCCUCCCCCCACCCACCUCUGUGUAUUCAUAAUAAUACCCUUCUCCCUGUGUGAGGAUAUUGUGUUGUCCCUAUGCAGCUCCUGUCGUGGGACGUGGGUAAGAUCAACCCUCAGAAGCUGCCUAGUCUGAAGGGCUCUAUGAGCCUGCAGGCAGGGGCCUCCAAGCCAGACGAGAACCCUACCAUCAACAUCCAGUUCAAGAUCCAACAGUCGGCCCUCUCCGGUAAAACACACACACACACGCACACACAGACAGGUAGCCUCGAGGUUAGUGUUGGGCCAGUAACCGAAAGGUCGCUGGUUCGAAUACCGGAGCCGACAAGGUAAAAUAUCUGUCGCUGUGCGCUUGAGCAAGGCCCUUAAUCCUAAUUGCUCCAGGGGGGCUGUACAAUGGUGACUCUGACCAUGACCCCACUCCCCGCAGGAGUCUCAGGGGGAGUUGGGAUAUGCAAAUAAAACAUUAACAGGACGAAUAUAAGCACCCCCAAAAAUUAUUAUUAUUAGUAUUAUACAGACACCUUAUCAUAAUUGGUUAUUACACUCUAGAGUAGAAGUUGCCACUUAGCAGCUGAUUUAGUAUCAGUUUACUUUACCCAUAUUCUUAGCCGUAAUCAUUUUAGGGAAUAAAGAAAUAUCUAACCCUAGAUCAGAUCUUUAUUAAUCUUCUAUCUACUAACUCCAUAUUACACAGCAUUCUCAGCAGACAGUCACAUGACAUCCACACAGCUCAUUCACAGUGACAGCUUUUACCAUUAGAUGGAAACAAGAUACUUAAUCUCUAUUUAAUCUAUAUGAUCCUCAGAGGUUUGCAUCUGUUUCCAAAAGGGAUAUACAUGUAGGUUAUUUCCCUUGCAGUGGCCAAAUCAAUUUUUUAUAUGAUUUUACUUGUUCUUCUCCAGGACUGAAGGUGAAUCGGUUGGAUAUGUACGGGGAGAAGUACAAACCAUUCAAAGGCAUCAAGUACAUGACCAAAGCUGGCAAAUUCCAGGUCCGGACAUAGAGGCUGGGCUCGCCACUCUCUGGCCUCUGCACCACAACCACUACUGUACAACGGAGAGGAGGGGGGGGGGGGGAGAAUAAAUAUAGGGAAGGGGGUGGCUAUGGUACAUUCCCUGUGUAAAUGCAUUUCAGGAUUUAUCCACACAAACUGUGGGCUCUGCUGUCUAACUGAACUACUACAGAAUGUGACACGACACACAAAAGCCUCUUUAAUGGAGUUGUUUGCACAGUCAAAUGUGUUAUUUAAGUGGCCACCAGUCUCAAUGUAGCUACAGCUCUUGUAGUAGGCGUAGAAUGGGUAUCUGUGUUGUAUGUCAUUUCUGGUUCUCUUUCCAAGCUCUUUGCUGUCCUUUGAGUUCCUCUUGUGAGUGAGAAUGGCAGGCAAAACGGUUUGUGUGCUUCCCUCAGAUGUGUUACUACUGUCUACUGCUAGAACCUCUCUUCUCAUGCUUCCAUCGAUUCCUUAUAAUCAACAGCCCAGAGUUUCUUCUGGUCAGGUCACAUGACCAGGAAAAGCUCCUGGCGCUACUUCUAUUACAUUCCUUAUGUUAUCCCUCUGUCCCCUUGGUAUUUUCUCCCUUCACUUAUUCCAAAACUCCCCGUUUCCUUAAAUGUUCUUCUAAGUCCUCUGAACCAUAUUUAUUUGUCUGUCUGUCAUCAACACUGAAGUCAACACACUGGAGUUUGAGAAUGUGACAUGAAAUCCCUUCCCCUGAAUCAUGCACUACCAUACUCAUUGUUCUAUCAACAGUUAGUACUGUAUGUAUAACCAUGUCCUUCCAAAUCAAAUCUAAUGGUUGUAGUAUGUUACUGCUUUUCUCUCUUUAUAUCAUAUAAGGUGUCAUGUUGAGCACCUUGCUGUGGCUUACCUGAAGUUUUAUCCACCUUAAUCCCUCCUGAUUACUUUUUAAUGAUUAUUUAUUGACCAAUGAUUGAUCAGUGACUAAAUCCUGAUCCAAGCACCAAAUCUUAUACUGUAUAGCCCUAUUAAAUAAUGCAGCACAGAUUGAUAUUUUUUACUCUAUAGUGAAUUCUACAGAGGCUUGUAUUUAAGACCACCAUAAAGACCAAUAAGAUGAAACAUGCUGGCCCUUUAUUAUGUUAUUGAAGCUGUGACACACAGUGGCCUGGCUGGCUUUCCUCUUUGUAGGUAUGUUCUCUAUACUGACUGACAUACUACAGUUUGAUGGUAACGAUGGGUUACCCUAUCAAGAAUGUUAAAGGUUUGCGUUUGUGUUUACAGCUUUUGUGUGUCUGUCAAAUGAAUUCAAACUGAGUUUUACAAUGGUAUGAUAUUAAAGAUUUAAGAAUUUAUAUGAUAUACCCUGAAUUAUCCAGUCCAUUUUUGUCCUCUCAGUUAGUG